AUGGGCAGCGGGGGGGAUGCGAACGCCUCGGCUGCCUCGGCUGCUCGGCGGGUGACAGAGUUGUACCCCAGUGUUGGCAGUCUUCCUUUGGCUGGUGAGUUCUUAGCAGAAGACAGUCAAGAAAAAUUUUGGAGUUUUGUAGAAGCCAGUCAAAAUAUUGGAUCAUCUGAUCAUCACGACACUGAUCAUUCCUAUUACAAUGCGAUAUUGGAAGCCGCGUUUCAAUUUCUGUCACCUUUGCAGCAGAAUUUGUUGAAAUUUUGUCUCUCUCUUCGUUCCUACUCAGCCUCAAUUCAAGCCUUCCAGCAGAUAGCAGGUGAUGAGCCUCCCCCAGAAGGAUGUAAGUCAUUCUUUUCAGUGCAUGGGAAGCAGACUUGUGAUUUUGAUGCUCUGGAUACCCUUCUACUAACUGCACCCGACAGACCUAAACCUUUGUUGUUCAAAGGAGAUCACAGAUUCCCCUCAUCUAAUUCUGAAAGUCCUGUGGUGAUUUUCUACUCUGAGAUUGGCCAUGAAGAAUUUUAUAAUAUUCACCACCAACUUAUAUCAAAAAGCAAUGAAGGCAAAAUUAAUUAUGUAUUCAGACAUUAUAUAUCUAAUCCCAAGAAGGAGCCUGUUUACCUUUCCGGCUAUGGUGUGGAAUUGGCAAUUAAGAGCACGGAGUACAAGGCCAAGGAUGAUACUCAGGUGAAAGGAACUGAGAUGAAUACCACAGUCAUUGGUGAGAAUGAUCCUAUUGAUGAAGUUCAGGGGUUUCUUUUUGGAAAAUUAAGAGAACUGCACCCCUCUUUGGAAGAACAAUUGAAAGAAUUCCGAAAGUAUCUUGUGGAGAGCACCAAUGAGAUGGCACCCUUGAAAGUUUGGCAGCUGCAAGAUCUCAGCUUCCAGACUGCUGCCCGCAUCCUGGCUGCUCCUGUGGAGUUAGCUUUGGUGGUGAUGAAGGAUAUUAGUCAGAAUUUUCCUACAAAAGCCAGAGCAAUAACAAAAACUGCUGUGAGCUCACAACUUAGAACGGAAGUGGAAGAGAACCAGAAGUAUUUCAAGGGAACAAUAGGACUGCAGCCUGGAGAUUCAGCUCUCUUCAUCAAUGGACUUCAUAUUGAUUUAGAUACCCAGGAUAUAUUCAGUUUGUUUGAUAUGCUGAGGAAUGAAGCCCGGGUAAUGGAGGGUCUGCACAGACUAGGAAUAGAAGGCCUUUCUCUACAUAAUAUUUUGAAGCUCAACAUCCAGCCUUCUGAGGCUGACUAUGCAGUAGACAUCAGGAGUCCUGCUAUUUCAUGGGUCAACAACCUAGAGAUUGAUAGCCGAUAUAAUUCAUGGCCUUCUAGUUUACAAGAGUUACUUCGACCUACCUUUCCUGGCGUUAUACGGCAGAUCAGGAAAAACUUGCAUAACAUGGUGUUUAUUGUUGAUCCUGUGCAUGAGACCACAGCCGAGUUGAUUAGCAUAGCUGAGCUGUUCCUCAGCAAUCACGUACCAUUAAGGAUUGGUUUUAUCUUUGUGGUCAAUGACUCGGAAGAUGUUGAUGGGAUGCAAGAUGCUGGAGUUGCUGUUCUGAGAGCGUAUAAUUAUGUUGUCCAAGAAGUGGAUGGUUACCACGCCUUCCAGAUUCUCACACAUAUCUAUAACAAGGUGAGGACUGGAGAAAAAGUGAAAGUUGAACAUGUGGUCAGUGUCUUGGAGAAGAAAUACCCGUAUGUCGAAGUGAAUAGCAUUCUGGGGAUUGAUUCUGCUUAUGAUCAGAACCGGAAGGAAGCGAGAGGCUACUAUGAGCAGAUUGGUGUUGGUCCCCUGCCCGUUGUCUUGUUCAAUGGCAUGCCCUUUGAAAAGGAACAUUUGGAUCCUGACGAGUUGGAAACCAUUACAAUGCACAAGAUCUUGGAGACCACGUCCUUCUUCCAAAGGGUGGUAUAUUUGGGUGAACUGCCACAUGAUCAAGAUGUGGUAGAAUAUAUCAUGAAUCAACCAAAUGUUGUUCCACGAAUCAAUUCUCGGAUUUUGACCACUAAACGAGAGUAUCUGGAUCUAACAGCCAGCAAUAACUUUUUUGUGGAUGAUUUUGCCAGAUUUUCUGUCCUGGACUCUAGGGGCAAGACUGCUGCUAUAGCCAACAGUAUGAACUAUCUGACAAAGAAAGGAAUGUCCUCCAAGGAAAUCUAUGACGAUUCCUUUAUUAGGCCAGUGACUUUUUGGAUUGUUGGGGAUUUUGAUAGCCCUUCUGGACGGCAGUUAUUAUAUGAUGCCAUUAAACAUCAGAAAACCAGUAACAAUGUUAGGAUAAGUAUGAUCAAUAAUCCCAGCCAAGAGAUCAGUUACUCGAGCACUCCAAUCUCCAGAGCGAUCUGGGCAGCUCUGCAAACACAGACCUCCAACUCUGCUAAGAACUUCAUCACCAAAAUGGCCAAAGAGGAGACAGCAGAGGCCCUGGCUGCAGGAGUGGACAUGGGGGAAUUUUCUGUUGGGGGCAUGGAUGUCAGUCUUUUUAAAGAGGCCUUUGAGUCUUCCAAAAUGGAUUUCAUUUUGUCUCAUGCCCUGUACUGCAGAGAUGUUCUGAAGCUGAAGAAGGGGCAGAGAAUGGUGAUCAGCAACGGAAGGAUCAUCGGGCCGCUGGAGGAGAGUGAGCUCUUUAAUCAAGAUGAUUUCCACCUCCUAGAAAAUAUCAUCUUAAAAACAUCAGGACAGAAAAUAAAAUCUCACAUCCAACAGCUUCGCGUAGAAGAAGACGUGGCAAGUGACCUGGUAAUGAAGGUGGAUGCUCUCCUGUCAGCGCAACCCAAAGGCGAGGCAAGGAUCGACUACCAGUUCUUUGAAGACAAACACAGUGCAAUUAAACUGAAGCCCAAUGAAGGGGACACAUACUAUGAUGUGGUAGCUGUCGUUGACCCUGUCACAAGAGAAGCACAGAGGCUCGCCCCCUUGCUCUUGGUUUUGACUCAGCUGGUAAACAUGAAUCUAAGAGUAUUUAUGAAUUGCCAAUCUAAACUUUCCGACAUGCCUUUGAAAAGCUUUUACCGUUAUGUCUUAGAACCAGAGAUUUCUUUCACCGCAGACAACAGCUUUGCUAAGGGACCGAUAGCGAAGUUUCUGGAUAUGCCACAGUCUCCACUGUUCACUUUGAAUCUGAACACACCUGAGAGUUGGAUGGUGGAAUCUGUCAGGACGCCAUAUGAUCUUGAUAACAUUUAUCUAGAAGAGGUGGACAGUAUAGUGGCUGCUGAGUAUGAGCUGGAGUACCUGUUAUUAGAGGGCCAUUGCUACGAUGUCACCACGGGCCAGCCCCCUCGAGGACUGCAGUUUACGUUAGGGACUUCAGCCAGCCCAACAACUGUGGACACGAUUGUGAUGGCCAAUCUGGGAUAUUUUCAGCUCAAAGCCAACCCAGGAGCCUGGAUUCUCAGACUAAGGAAGGGGCGCUCUGAUGAUAUUUAUAGAAUCUACAGCCAUGAUGGUACAGAUUCUCCUCCUGAUGCAAAUGAUGUUGUUGUCCUCCUCAAUAACUUCAAAAGCAAGAUCAUCAAAGUGAAGGUUCAGAAGAAAGCAGACAUGGUUAAUGAAGACUUGCUGAGUGAUGGAACGAGUGAGAAUGAGUCUGGGUUUUGGGACUCAUUUAAAUGGGGCUUUUCAGGACAGAAGACUGAGGAAGUGAAACCUGAAAAAGAUGACAUAAUCAAUAUUUUCUCUGUUGCAUCUGGUCAUCUCUAUGAAAGAUUUCUUCGCAUAAUGAUGCUAUCAGUGCUGAAGAAUACCAAAACUCCUGUGAAAUUCUGGUUCUUGAAGAAUUAUUUGUCCCCCACAUUUAAGGAGUUUAUACCUUACAUGGCCAGCAAAUACAACUUUCAGUAUGAACUUGUUCAGUACAAAUGGCCGCGGUGGCUUCAUCAGCAGACAGAGAAGCAGCGGAUCAUCUGGGGCUACAAGAUCCUCUUCCUGGACGUACUUUUCCCACUGGUUGUUGACAAGUUCCUGUUUGUAGAUGCUGAUCAGAUUGUACGGACAGAUCUGAAAGAGUUAAGGGAUUUCAAUUUGGAUGGCGCCCCUUACGGUUACACUCCUUUCUGUGAUAGCAGGAGAGAAAUGGAUGGCUACCGGUUCUGGAAGUCAGGGUACUGGGCCAGUCAUUUGGCUGGGCGGAAGUAUCAUAUCAGUGCACUGUAUGUCGUGGAUCUGAAGAAGUUUAGGAAAAUAGCUGCUGGUGACAGACUCAGGGGACAGUACCAAGGUCUGAGUCAAGAUCCCAACAGUCUUUCAAAUCUUGAUCAAGAUUUGCCCAAUAACAUGAUCCAUCAGGUGCCAAUCAAAUCCCUCCCUCAAGAGUGGCUUUGGUGUGAGACGUGGUGUGAUGACGCAUCCAAGAAGAGGGCUAAGACCAUUGACCUGUGUAAUAAUCCCAUGACUAAAGAACCCAAAUUGGAGGCUGCUGUGCGAAUCGUCCCCGAGUGGCAGGACUAUGAUCAGGAGAUCAAGCAGCUGCAGAGCCUCUUCCAAAAGGAGAAGAAGAUGGGGGCCCUGCAUGUAGAAAAGACACAGGAAGAACCUGAGAAACAUGAAGAAUUAUGAUCUCUGGAGGAAGAUGGGAAAUCCCACCAUCUGACAGUUUUUAUACUAAAUGGUUUUUUCUGAUCUGUCAAUACAACUGCUGAAGAACUGACUGGGCAGGUGUCCACACCUAUUGAUUUAGACUACUGCACCCCAGUGGGUGCUGGAUCUUUGGGGCUAAGGCUCUGUUGGAUUUGUACCUCAGAGGAAGACAAGUGGCUGAUCUUCUGGGACUCUCUUCACACCAGAGGGAGAAAUGGUGGCAGCAGCUGAAGGAAGCUGAGUCCUUUGGUGCCCACGUCCAAGAGCACACAUUGCUGCACUGGCUCAGAAGCUGGCCAGAAAAGCCACCAUGUUCUUCCUUACCUCAGUUUACCUGCAGCCCUUGCUGCACUGCAGAUGCCCACCCUGCACCAGGUCAGGCCGGCAGAUGUUUCAUCCAAGGUCCCUGCCUCAAGGUCUAUGCCAACAUGCUUCUCCCAUCUCGUGCCCCACAUUCUCUUCCCAAGCAUUAGGCUCAUUGUUAUUGAGCCCAGCCGAUAAUCAUGUGUCUUCAGGGUUGGCUCAGUUGCUAAGAAACCAGUCUUGAGGAGAACUGGGGCUGUUUGGAUGAGGGUUGUGGAGACGACAGGCAGGGGGGAGUUUUGUGGUGUUCAAAGGAAGAAGACAAAAAAUUGGCCAUUCUCUUUCAGUCUGCUGCGGCUGACUUUAAAGGAAGCUUUAUUCUAUUCCCAGUGAACUUUCUACAUAAUUGUUUUGUAAACGAUUUUUAUAUUUAUGAAAAUGUUUGCUUUUUCUUCCUACUUUGUAAAAAACUGUCAGUUAUCAGUUUCCUGGCUGGGCACAGGCACACUGAGUCCCUCAGUGACCCAUCUCAGUGUGCUCAGCCUCCAUCUGGAUGGCCACCAUAGUUUUCUCUCAGACCCAGGAGACUGGCCUUGGACUUUCCUUUCGCUCUGCUCUCAGACCUAUGACGAGGAAUGACUGUCUCUGGAACUCAGUUUCCUAUACUCUGUCUGUUUCCCUUUAAUUUUGGCUCUGUGAUUGCCUUUAGCUUUGGAGACUCAUCCAAGGCCCGGUACAGUUCUAAGGUAACUGCUGCUGUAUGAAGCAGCCCCCGUCAUUGCUUUGUGUGUGUCCACAGUCACAGCCCAACCUCACCUAGGCGGGAGCAGCCUGGGCUGUGGAGCCGGGGACAUGCUGUUACCCUGGCUGUACAGGUGUCUGGUGUCAUCUCUGCCCAGGAGUCAGGGAUCUGCAGCAGAGAGGGUUUCUGGGUACUGACCUGCCUUCCAGCUCACAGGGGCUGUUCUUCCUCUUUAACCUGCCUUUUAAAAACAAGAAGGGAGCUGGGGUGUGGCUCAAUGGCAGACAAAGAGCUUGUCUAGCAAGCUCAAGGCCCUGGGUUCCAUCCCAGCAUUGCACCCCCACCCCCUCAGAAAGAGUGACUAUGAAGAGUGAGUACACAGGAGAAGUCCUUGCCCAUCUAAGCUAGGUAAUACAUGUGUUUCCAAGGAGGAAUGAUCUACAGUAGCCAUAGUUGGGAUUUGAAUGGGCCAUUAUUAAGUAAUACGUAGAGAGAGAUAGCAAAGCGUCAUCUAUCGGGAGCUCACACAACCAGCAAAAACUCCUUACUUAACUCAGCCCCUGGAGUUCCCCAAUGAGUGUCCUGGGCAGAGCAGAGUGUACCCUCAGGUAAGGACACAAGUGAAAGAACAAAUGGCAAAACUGAGAACAGCAUCAUCAGAUUUGGUGCUCACAACAUCCUGCAGAAACCAGCUGAGCUUGCAGUGUCCCUUCCCACUGCAGGCGCGUAGACCGAGGGCUAAGCAAUGGCUGAGUCCUCUGACCUUGGAAAGGUGUCUGGGAAUGAAUUACUUCCCAGCUGUGUUCAAGGAUGUCAUGUUUGACUCUUGGACUAUUGAACUGUUUUGUCAUGAAGUUAGAGGGGGCCUCACAUCCCCAGACCAAGGGCCUUGGAGGACACUUUGAGGUAAACAUGUUCCGUAGCCAGCUUCUUAGCUAGUACAUAACAUCAGCGCACUGUAUAUUGCGACAUGAACUUUAAAAUAAAGAUUUCACCACACAUAUCAAGUAAUUAAUUUUCCCCUAUUUUCAAAUCCAAAGGUUAACUUAGAGCCAGCCUUUGUUCAGGCUUCGUGUCCACAUUGUAUUAAGUUUUCAGGGAUGCCACUGCUGCUGUCCUCAACUGGAGGCAGGGACACAGUGCUCCCCGUGUCCUGGGAGCCCGUGAUAAGCAGGAAAUAAUCAGGUCACAGGGGUAUGCUUUUUACUAUUGGCCCAGUGGCCAGUUUCCUUCUUUUUACCAAGUCGUUCAUGCGUGUCGCCACCCUGACGUAAGUCAUAGCCAUAGUUUAUGCUGGAUAGGCCAGACCCAGCUUGCUUCUAAGGUUGUCCAGGCCCCUCCUUUGCCAGCUUCUUCCUUGCUUCCAGCUUCAUCUCAAAAAAUUUAGCAAAUGCCCCAGAAAUGAUGCUGCCAUUAAGUGCCCCAGGGAAGGUGUCCAUGUUGGUUUCAUCUGAUAGCUCCAUGGGAAAGCAGGCUGUGACUGGAAAGAGCAGGAGAUAACAGAUCACAUGGGUUGUCCAAGCUUCUGGAAAGUUCACUGUUGUUCUUGGCAUGCGCCUAUAUAGUUUUUUUGACCUCUUGUCAUAUAGAGGUAGAAAGUUUGCUUUCUGAGUCAGUAGGGUAGGGUGAACUGUGACUCGUCAGAAUUACAUAAGCCAGUGCGAGUCAGUCUCUGUGUUCUGCAGAAAGUGGCACUUGAUUGGCAUCCCGGACUGUGAGGGCCCAGCCCUCCAGCAUCCUGGGUUUAGUUGAGAGUGGUGGUGUAUUGGUUUCAUAAGAUGUUGACAGCGUUAGUCUGGCGGAAGCUGCCUUCCUGAUAAGCAUGCUUGUCUCCAGGUGUACAUGCAUUGUGCUGGGCCUGUCUGGCCAGAAGCAAGCUCCAUAUUUCCUGAUGCUACUUGAAACUGUGUUCUGAACCUUGUUGAGGCUCUGCUUGAUGUAUGUCAUCUGGUUUCAGGCUGAGUUCCCGGAUGAUACCCCAAGAGCCCAGAGAUAAAGAAGGAAGAGAAAAACAGGAAGUCAACUUGACUGGCAUGAUUUAGAACUGUCAGAUAGCUCUCACAUGGUCAGGAGUACGAAGUCGCUCCUCUUGUCCCUAUCUCCUCCAUGACUAAAUCUUUUUCUAAAGUUGUUCUUCUUAGACCUGCAUGAUUAAAAGAAAUCAUUUGCCUGAGGAGUUGGGAGGGCGCUCUGGUCCACUUUGCUGGGUAGAUUUCACGGAAGGCUGUCGAGUGGGAAGUGGCUUGGUGGUGGAGUGUGGUCUAUGCACGAUUCCUAAAUGUGACUUCAGGCUCCGUCUUCUUCGUGAGUUACUGGGUACUUAACUUUCUGGGGAUGUUGUGUGACGACCAGAGUCGAUCAGAUGGCUCGUCGUGUUUCUUGUUUAAAAAAAAAAGCUAGCACUUUUUGUUGUUGGAAGUCUUGAGCUCCUGUUUUCUCUGCCUUAAGGUAACGAGGAAAGUCUUACUGAGGACUUUCACACGCCGGAUCAAGUCCAAGCACAUUAAACACUGUCACUCAGGAAGUUACUGAAAUUUCCCAUUUCUCCUCCAUCGCUGGUGUUUGUCUGUCUGUGUAGUAACAGAAAGAGCCCUUCUGUGUUACAUAGCAAUGGUGAGCCAGUGAAUUGGGCAGAGACUCUGCUUCCCAUGGUGCCCGCGAGUGCUGACCGUUCAUAGCAGCAGGUGACAGAGUCAGCGCCAAGCACCAACAUGCUCCGGGGAAGGAAAGCAGGAGACCUCUCCUGAGUGUCCUGGGUCCCUCGCAAUGUGGAGGGUCUGUGACUCAUGAGUAGGGCUUGGAGCCAUGGUCUCUUCCUGCCCGUGCUUUCUGCACUGCCUUACGUCCCAUUGAGCUCGGUAGAGAAAUGGGCACCAUUCCUUUAACCAGAUGCAAACCACACUAACCUAAGGUUGGCAGUUUGGAACAAAAGACUCCCAAGCACUCUGUUUUCCAAUCAAAAAAGGAAAAAUGGAGACAAAACUUAGGGUGUUUAAAGAAACCAUGUCCAACUUUCCACUCAAACCAACACCUCACUUGGUAUGAGGUUAAUGUCUGUGAAUGUCUUAGUCCAAAGGAUGCUGGUUUAUCAUGAGAGUAAGCUCUGCUCAACACAAUAAACUCCUCCUCUCUUCUUUA